UUCCUACCAACAUUACCGCGGCGCGACCGACGUGAACCUGCGGAACAGGAAUAGACAGGUCACAAACUAAAACAGCAGAACCUACAUAACAAGAAUCGAUAAAUCAGAAACCAUGUCACGCAAAUACACAUCCGCCGCAUCGCGGACAACAUCCACCCCAUCCUCCGCGAUCCCCUCCUCAGCCAAGCCAUCCACCGAGCUCCCCGACGAAUUCUGCCCCGUAUGUCGACGAAUGCGAUAUCUCAACGCAGACAUGGAAUUCCUCAUAAACCCCGAGUGCUACCACCCAAUGUGCAGCAACUGCGUAACCAACAUCUUCGGCAAAGGCCCCGCGCAAUGCCCCUACGCAAGCUGCACCAAAACCCUCCGCCAACGCGGUUUCCGGUCCGCAUUCUUCCGCAACCUAACCGUGGAACGCGAGGUCGAUGUUCGUCGUCGCGUGCAAGCAGUAUUCAACAUGGUACAAGACGAUUUCGAGACGUUGCGUGAUUACAACGAUUACCUCCAACAAGUCGAAGACCUAACCUUCGACCUAGUCCAAGGCGGAGACAUAGAACGCCGGGCCGCGGAGGAGAAAUUGUUAGCGUAUGAACAGAAACACAAAGAAGACAUCGAGAAGAACAAGAAACGCGGUCGCGAAGCAGAGUCCCUACGCAAACAGCGCGACGCCGCAGACGCAGAAGCAGCGCGCCAGCGCAGGUUAGAAGAACAAAGGGAAGAGGAACGGGCUAGGGCGGAAGAAGCUACUAUCAACGCGGAAGUCAUGGAGGCGCUUGCGCGCGGGGAACCCGGUACGGCGGCGGAUAUACAAGAGCGUAUUAUUGCGCAGAAACGCGCUCGUGUUGCUGAGAUCGCGGGGUCGCGUUUUCCGUCGUUGCUACCGUCUACUACUGCUACUGCUACGAAUAAACCGAGUAAUCUACUUUCUAUACGUGGUUUACGCGAUAAAUCCCAACGCGACGAGGACGCGGAUUAUUAUCUUCGCCCGUAUGAUCCGUUCGCAGGGUUGGAUUUAUUACCUACGCGAUACACCCUACGUGGUGAGGGCGACGGGUAUGCGAAUCCAUGGCUUGAGGAGGCGAAGACGAGGGAUGAUCAUAGAGUCCCUGGGUACAGUACGAGAGAGUAUGCGGCGCGCGCUAUGUUUGAAGCGUUUGCGGGGCUGGGCGUGGUGAUUGGGGAGGAGAAGGAGAGUGAGAAGAAGGCUGUGGGGACUGCGGGUGCGGUGGAUGUUGCGGGGAUAGGGGCUGGAGUUGGGGCUGGGGUGAAGAUGGAGGUUGAUGAUGUUUUUAGUUGAGCCUGUCAUUCGGAAAGGCGUUCAUGGGACGGUAGGCCGUCAAAAUUCAAGGAGGACGGUAGAGUCUUGUCCACACUGCCAUGUGGUCAUCUUCGGGACCAAAGAUACCGGGUGGAGCAUGCAUGCGAUGCGUACCUAUCAUACCCAUAGUUACGCGCGUUAGAAAGGGGGUACAUCAUUACUCACCACCCAUGGGACCGGAGUGAGGUUUCAUCAUUUUAUUUGCAUAGCGUCGGCGUUUAGGCUUUGCAUUUACAUUUCCCUAGGAACUGCGCUCAUAUUGGAGCAUGCAUGUGUCUGAAUGGUUAAGAUAGAAAGGACGGAAUUAAGAUCUCAGCGGUGAUAUAGAAAUAAGACGUUAAAGUGCUCUAAUUG